UUUUAUCCCGAUCUUCCCCAAUGUCUGACGUCGAGGAGGACCUACUGGUAAAGAAGCUGAAGAUCGUGCUGGUCGGUGACUCUGGAUCCGGCAAAACGAGCAUCGCUCAGAAAUUUUGCAAUAACGAGUUCACGAGACAGUACACGCCAACGUCUGGAAUCGACUUCUUCCUGAAGAACGUCAGCGUUGGUUUUUAUAAAAACGUUAAUCUACAUUUAUGGGAUGUCGGCGGUCUUGCGUUACACGGAAACAUGCUGGACAAAUACGUCUUCGGUGCUCAUAUAAUCCUUUUAGUCUACGACGUCACUAAUAGCUUCAGUUUCGAAGUUUUAGAAGAAUGGAUAGAUAAAAUCAGAAAAUUGAGCGAUAACUACGAGGAAACACCGCUGAUGGCCGUAGUUGGUAACAAAUGCGACAUGGAACAUCAGAGGACGGUGAAAAAGGAUCGAACACACAAAUUCGCCGCAGACAAUGGAUUUCCGUCUCACGAUGUUUCCGCUAGAACCGGUGAAGCGGUUUCUUUGUGUAUAGUGACCUUAGCCGCGCAAAUUUUGGGUGUCCGAUUAACGAAAACAGAUCAGGACUAUCACAAGCCCAUAAUAAUUGCAGAAAUAGGCGACACAGUGGACAUGAGCACCAUUCGCAAGGUCGUGAAAAGGAUCCCCACGAAAAAGCAAACUCAAAUACCAUUUCAUCCCCAUUUACCUGGUUCAAAGUCGUCAGUUUGCCUGCUACAGUGAAAAUUACCGUAACGAGAAGUGGUUUUUGCAAUACAAUAUUUUUAUCGAACGUCAAGGACGGUUCAUCUGUACAUAAUACGUCCAUACGAAUAUUUUUCGCUACUUUCUUACCAUAUAUAAGAGAUUACUUAUACUUUGAGGGGCCAAUGCAAUAAACCACUGGUGUCUUCGUAGUAGAUUUAAAAACAAAUUUAUUUAUUGAUAAAAUCUUACUACUUGCGGUAAUAAUGUUAAUAUGGAUCGACGUAACAAUGUUAAAAAUACUUUUACAAUAAUAGUAGCAUCGUUCGUUACAGUGAUGUACAUACACUGUUGAUAGAGUACAUGCCAUAGAUUUGUAUUCAAGUCCUCGGUAAUUUUAUCAUACAUGUAUAAAUGCUGGUGGGAAAAGAUCGUUUAAUAUUGAGAGAUAAUCCGUGAAGAAAUCACGGGAUAAAGGAAGCUCUAUAAUCGCAUUUAAACAUCGUAAGAUCAAGUAAAACAGGAUAGUAAACGAAUCAAUUUUUAUUCGCGUUUUAAAGAGCGAGAGAAAACUCGUUCGUCCAUAUUAAACAACUCGCAGAUGUAUCUCUAUUUUUAUAAAUUGUUGAUUCACAGGUUUUUUCCUAUACUUAAUUGUUAAUGGCACUAAUCAUGCAAAACUAUAUGCAAAAAAAAAAACAAA